UUUUGGGGUGUAAAAAGGUAUGUGACAUAUACACACAUUACACAUCAUAUCAGUCUAUCAGUUCGGUGUUAUUGCAUAAAAAAAAAAUAUAAAAAACACAAGUGGUCUAUUAUUUCGAUUCGGAAAGAGUGUAACAAGUAUGUUUAUGGUGCAACAACCAUCAGAGAAAACAGCAGUCGUGUUUAGGUAAGGCCAACUUCCGUUUUCUGGCCGUCCCCGAAGCACCAGCUUUUAAUACACGUAGCAUCAGCGUCCAUCAACUACCGUAUCGAGAGCAGCAGCCAACGAGACAGUUUUGCUGUCUAUAUGGUCUUGGUGAACAUCGCCGAACACCAUGACGAGGACGACACCGAUGGUUUUGGGCCUCCUGUGCCUCCUCGGCACAACAACGAGCUUUUACCUUCCUGGCUUGGCGCCGGUCAACUUCUGCAAGGAAGCCAAGAAUACGUGCAAGUCUGAUAUUCGUCUGUACGUGAAUCGCCUCAAUUCGGAGCAGUCAGUUAUUCCUUAUGAAUACCAUCACUUCGACUUUUGUACUACCGAUGAAGCUCACUCACCUUCCGAAAACUUGGGACAGGUUGUUUUUGGAGAGCGCAUUCGGCCAUCCCCCUAUAAGUUGCAAUUUUUAAAAGAAGAAAAGUGCGCAGUUGUUUGUCAAAAAAAUUAUACUAUUGGAGCAGAGGAAAGUGAAAAGAAAUUAAACCUUCUUAAGAUGGGAAUCAAACUUUCUUAUCAACAUCAUUGGAUUGUUGACAAUAUGCCGGUGACCUGGUGUUAUUCUGUAAAAGAUGAUUAUCAAUUUUGCAGCAUUGGAUUUCCCAUGGGUUGUUAUGUAAAAGAUGAAUGGGCCUCUUCAGAUAGUUGCAGUAUUGAUCCAAGCAUUUAUAACAAGCCUUCAACAUACUACCUGUUCAAUCAUGUUGACUUGUUAAUAACUUAUCAUAGUGGGGCAGAAGAAGACUGGGGACCCGCAGGAAGCAAAGAAAAUAUGGGACGUAUUAUAUCUAUUAAAGUCACACCUCGUAGCAUUAAGCAUGAUCCCAAUGAAAUUAAUCAUGAUUGUGCAAGUAGAACACCACUUGAAAUUCCGUCAGAAAAAGGUCGGAAAUUUAAUGUUGUAUAUACGUACAGUGUUCACUUCCUGAAAAAUAAUACAAACAAGUGGUCAUCAAGAUGGGAUUACAUUUUAGAAUCCAUGCCACAUACUAAUAUUCAGUGGUUCAGUAUCCUUAAUUCCUUAGUUAUCGUGCUAUUUUUAUCUGGUAUGGUGGCUAUGAUAAUGCUAAGGACGUUGCACAAAGAUAUCGCUAGAUACAAUCAGGCUUACUUUCAGAUUGAAUCAGGCGAAGAUGCUCAAGAAGAGUUUGGAUGGAAACUCGUACAUGGCGAUGUUUUUCGGCCACCACGAAAAGGAAUGCUACUCUCCGUUUUCCUUGGUUCUGGCGUUCAAGUUUUUUUUAUGUCUCUGGUUACUUUAGCUUUUGCUUGUCUUGGCUUCCUCUCUCCAGCAAAUAGAGGAGCUCUAAUGACUUGUGCUAUAGUUCUUUACGUAUGUCUUGGGACAACUGCUGGCUAUGUAUCUGCUAGGAUUUACAAAAGUUUUGGUGGAGAAAAAUGGAAAUCAAAUGUCUUACUAACAUCAAUGUUGAGCCCAGGGAUAAUUUUUAGUUUGUUUUUUAUUAUGAAUCUCAUAUUUUGGGUAAAAGGAAGCUCAGCUGCUGUACCUUUCGGUACCCUUGUGGCUAUUUUAUCUUUGUGGUUUGGUAUAUCUGUUCCUCUAACUUUUAUUGGAGCAUUCUUUGGUUUCAAAAAACGGGCUAUCGAACAUCCUGUUCGCACCAAUCAGAUCCCGAGACAAAUACCAGAGCAGAGUUUUUACACGCAAGCUGUUCCUGGUGUCAUCAUGGGUGGUGUAUUACCCUUUGGAUGUAUAUUCAUACAACUAUUUUUUAUACUCAAUUCACUUUGGUCCAGUCAAACGUAUUACAUGUUUGGAUUUUUAUUUUUGGUAUUUUUGAUUCUUGUCAUUACCUGUUCGGAAACUACCAUUCUCUUAUGCUACUUCCAUCUUUGUGCCGAGGACUAUCAUUGGUGGUGGCGUAGUUUUCUUACAUCUGGUUUCACCGCCUUUUAUUUAUUAGUUUAUUGCAUACACUAUUUUGUGACCAAAUUAAACAUUGAAGACAAUAUUUCAACCUUUUUAUAUUUUGGCUACACCAUGAUUAUGGUCUAUUUAUUCUUCCUUUUGACAGGUUCCAUUGGCUUUUUUGCCUGUUUCUGGUUUGUCCGAAAAAUUUACAGUGUGGUUAAAGUUGACUAAGUUAUUAUUCUCAAUGGUGGAAUAAACUAAGAAAUUUAGAAUGAUAAUUCUAAAUACGGUGUUUUAAAGCCAUUGGAAGAAAAAAACCAAAUCUAAAAAAAAAUUUCUUACAACAGUUUGCUAACAAUAAGGCAUUCUUUGGAAAAAAAAAAAAAAAAAAAAAAAAAAAAAAAAAAAAAAAA